UCCUUCCUUUUAAUGGAUCGUUCAAUUAUGAAAAUUCGGUUCCUUGAAUUUGUAGCUGUUAUAUUGCUCGCUUUGUCGUGCGGCCUAAAUGCAGUGUGUGGAAUUAGAUUCACGAUUGAUAGAGAAGAAUGCUUGUCUCAUGAUAUUAAGUAUGAAGGGGAUACAAUUCAUGCCUCAUUCGUCGUCAUUAAGGCCGAUUCUGGUUGGCAUUCGAGCCAUGAGGGUGUCGAUCUGGUGGUGAAGGGACCUUUAGGCGAUCAGAUUCAAGAUUAUCGUGACAAGAUAAGUGAGAAGUUUGAGUUCGUUGCUAAUAAAAAAGGAGUCCAUCAUUUCUGCUUCAGUAAUAGAUCUCCUUAUCAUGAAACAGUUGACUUCGAUGUACAUGAAAGUCAUUUUUCAUACUUUGAUCAGCAUGCAAAAGAUGAGCAUUUCGACCCUCUGAUACAACAAAUAUCAAAGUUAGAGGAGGCUCUUCAUAACAUUCAGUUCGAGCAGCACUGGUUAGAGGCGCAGACGGAACGCCAGGCGAUAGUGAAUGAAGCAAUGAGUAAAAAAGCACUUCACAAGGCCUUGUAUGAAUCUGCAGCACUAAUUGGGGCAAGUGUUGCAAGUUUACCUACUCCAACGCCUAUUUGAACGGAAACUUGGGAUGUCCCGUGUGUAGUUUACGACUUUAGGGAUAAUGCGGCAUAGCUCCAUCCCAAGUUUUAGUAAGAGAAAAGCAUGAUUAGUUUAAGUUGUUU